UAAUUUGAUAAAUUGCUUAAUUUUCUUGCUUGUUUUAUGUGAAAUUUAUUAAUCAUCGGUUCAUCGAAGUACGAACAAAAUAUGUGGAAUAAAGAAUAUUAGAAUUUUGAUUUUUGAAAUAUUAUAUUUCAUUUCUAAUCCGUGUUUACUUGCUGCAAUAAAUUUGGUUCCGACUUUGUUUUUUGAAAUUUGAUAUCCAUUUAGGUAAUUCAUAUUGUUAAAUUAUUGUCUUUCUUUUUGUUUUCGUUUCAUGGAUGUAAAGAAAUUUGGUCGCGUGGUUCUUUAAUGCAUGGCCUAUGGGAGUUAUAAGUUAAAUUAGCAUAUAAAUUUGAUGUUCAAUGAUUCAUUUCUUGAAGAAGCAAUUGCACUGAUAAAAUACGAUGGUUUGAUUUGCAAUCUGUUUUAAAUGGUUAGGUCUAAAUUUGUACUUUGAUUUUUCUCUUUUGCUGUGAUGGUUGUUUUGGUGUUGAGUUGAUUGGAGGUAUUUAGAGAUUGAGAAUGUAUUGUGACUCUUGUCUAGAUUGAUGAUUUAAAUGAAUGGUGAUUUUUUUUUUUAAUUUGUUUUUAAAUUAAUAAAUUCAGGUUUUCCUAUCUUCUGUCUGUCACUGGUGAUUGGUGUUUAUGGCCUACUCUGAUGUCCUGAAUUUGUUGUUCGCAAUUGGGGUUUGGUGUGCUGCUUAUAUUGCUGUUGCAAUUCUUUCAUCUUUACGGGCCUUCAACUCUAUCUUUCUACAUUGAUUUAGUUAGUGGAGUUGCUUCAGAAGAAUACUAUGGGCUAUGCUCAACUAGUUAUCGGUCCAGCAGGCAGUGGGAAGUCAACUUACUGUUCUAGUCUGUAUCGAGACUGUGAAACUGUUGGGCGGACUAUUCACAUUGUCAAUCUUGAUCCUGCUGCAGAAAACUUUGACUAUCCUGUGGCCAUGGACAUCAGAGAACUCAUUUCCUUGGAUGAUGUCAUGGAGGAACUUGGACUAGGUCCCAAUGGUGGGCUUAUGUACUGCAUGGAACACCUUGAAGAAAAUCUGGAUGAUUGGCUAACAGAAGAAUUGGACAAUUACUUGGAUGAUGACUAUCUUGUUUUUGACUGUCCAGGCCAGAUAGAACUUUUUUCACAUGUCCCAGUGCUUCGGAACUUCGUAGAGCAUUUGAAACGUAAAGGCUUCAACGUUUGUGCUGUAUAUAUGCUUGAUUCACAGUUUAUGACGGAUGUGACUAAGUUUAUAAGUGGGUGCAUGGCAUCUCUUUCUGCAAUGGUCCAACUUGAGUUGCCCCAUGUUAAUAUACUCUCCAAAAUGGACCUUGUCACAAGCAAAAAGGAUAUUGAAAAUUUUUUGAACCCAGAGCCUCAAGCUUUGUUGUCAGAGCUAAAUAAAUGCAUGGGUCCUCAACUUGCAAAGUUAAACAAAUUGUUGAUUGAACCGGUGGAUGACUAUAGCAUGGUAAGUUUUGUGCCGCUUGAUUUGAGGAAGGAGAGCAGUGUACAAUACGUGUUGGCCCAAAUUGACAGCUGCAUACAAUAUGGAGAAGAUGCAGAUGUGAAAGUUAAGGACCUUGAUUGCGAUGAUGAUUAAACGUUUCUUUUUUCACAGUUCAGGAUAAAUCCCUGUUGUGCCAUUUUGAUGUAGCCAUUGCACAGGAUAGAAAUGGUGAAUCAUGUUGGCAGCUUUUGUAUAAAAUUUUUACAAAUGAAGACAAUUGACAUCAAGCUUA